CAUUACUAUUAUUACUUGUUUAAUUUAUUUAUCAUAACGCGUAGAGUGAGACCAGAGUGUACAAUAUAAGCCAAAAAAACAGAACAAAAUGAAAACAUAGUAACAAAAACAAAAACAAAAACACCAAAACCAAUUCCAAUGGCUUCUUCUAGGAAGAGUUUUCUUUCAAGAUCAAGUUACAUUUUUCCAACAUCCUCAGAGAUAGAGACAAAUUUAAACACAAAAUCAUCGGAAGCAACUGAGUUCGAGCUCGAUGAAGCUGAUGUAUGGAACAUGUCAUGUUCAAAUUCCGACCACAUGACAGAAUCAAAAAAGUGUGUGCUACCAGGUUUGAAGAGAGUUUCUAGAAAAAUGGAAUCCAAUAACCGAGUUAACCCUAUAGGUACAUCUUCUUUACCGAUGAAUAUACCAGAUUGGUCAAAGAUUUUGAAAGAUGAAUACAAGAAGAAGAAGAAGAACAAAGAGAGUAGUGAUGAUGAUGAAGAUGAAGAAGGCUAUGAUGGAGAAAUUCGUUUACCUCCUCAUGAGUAUCUUGCUAGAACUAGAGGAGCUUCUCUUUCAGUCCAUGAAGGGAAAGGAAGGACUUUGAAAGGUAGGGAUUUGCGUAGUGUUAGGAAUGCUAUUUGGAAGAAAGUUGGUUUUGAAGAUUAAUCUAUAUUUCAACUGACAGAAGCCGAUAUUAUUACGUUGAACAUCAUUACCAGAAUUGGAACUCUGUAUUCUCACAUCUGUGUGCGUGAGUUAGUUUGUAGUGAUUAUUAUCUUUCGUCUAUCUAUAAAAGAUGAUCUUCCUUUCAUUUUGAGUGUCUAAGUGUUUUUAUUAACUUUUAGGAUUUGGAUCACUCAUCAUGCUUGUAUAUUGUAAUUAACUAUAUUAAUCUUUUUAUGUUUAAUCUUUUGUGGCCA